GCUCGGAGUCGGAGCGGAUAUCCACGUCGUUACGCACGGAUUCACCCGGACCUGCGUAUCCGUUUUCGAGUUUGCUCGGUUCUCACGUCUGCCUUGCGAACUUUGCCAUUUUAUCUGGAUAAGUCGAGCGCAGUCUUGAGUAUGUACGACUCGCAGCGCGGACUCAACUCGGCGGGCCGCCGCACCGGAUCCCCGAGCGAUGUGAACGCGCCCGCGUAUCAGUAUGCGCGCAGCGAGGUGGUGCAGCGGGGGAAGAAUGGAUACGUGCAGGAAUUUGUGGAGACAGGACAAAGACGCAAUUUCGCCAGACAAUCCAUGAGCCCCGGUCAAGUAUCCAACACGAGUGCCAUGAAACAGCGGAUAUCAUUUCUACAGAGCCAGUGUCAAGAAAACCUGGACAAGACAGCAUACAUUUUACAGAAUGGGAAUGAUCAGCACGCUUUCGCCGAUGCUGAAAGAUAUCUGGCGUCUGCCACUGAUGCCAACGAGCAGCUCAGAAGUUUCGCAUCUCAACAGAACAUGCCAUCUGAAACAAUCAUGCGGAGUGUCAAUAUAUUUACUGAUCAGAUCAGAGAUCUCAGCGUGGCUCUAAGUAGCCUUCCUCAACAGAAAUGGACCAACAGAACCGUCAGACACAGAGUAGCCCGAGAGGAACCCAACAGAUACUUCACUGAGGCCAUGGGUUGGAUCACACAACAGAAGCGAAUGCUUGAGACGUCAUCAUGGGGGGAAGACAUAUCGACCAUCCAGCAGCAGAUAGUCAAUCACAUCACCAUUGAAGGCUCCCUGCAGAGGAGUGAGGUGGUUGAUAGAGCUCGAGCAGAACUGAUGCAUAGCAGAGAUCAAAAUAUAGACAUAAACAGAUCCAAUCUGAACAAACUGGAACAAGAAUGGGAGAGUCUUCAGAAAGCGGUGUACCAGAGAGGCAUUCAGCUGCAGGAACUGAGGACCAUCAUAGAGGAGAUAUCUAAUCAGAUCAUGUGGGUGAACGACAGAGAGGAAGAGGAGCUGAUGUUCGACUGGGGCGAUAAAAACAUAGACGUCUACAUCCCGAAGAAAGAGGAGAGCUUUUCAAAACUGAUGAGAGAACUGGAGCGGAAGGAAAUGGAUAUGAAUGUUCUUAAAGGGAAGGUGGACACUGUGCUGAAGAACACACAUCCUGCGUCUGAUAAGAUCCAGGCGUAUAUGGAUACGCUACAGACGCAGUGGAGCUGGCUUCUACAGAUCACCAAAUGCAUUAACGUCCAUCUGAAGGAAAAUGCAAAAUACAGCCAGUUCUUCAAGGAGACGACUGACAUGAACAGCAAACUCAAGAAAGAGCACGACAACAUCCGCAAGAACUUUUCCUGCGAUAAGUCGACACCGCUGCACAAAUUACUAGAACUUUUACAGGGUCUGGAGAGAGAGCGUGAGCGUUUGGCAGAGCAGAGGGAGAUGGUCCAACAGCUGGUGAUAAAAUCCAAGAAUAUUAUCAGACUGAAGCUGAGAAACCCCGAGGAGAAAAUCAACAGCCAAUCACCUGUGCUUGUGCGCGCGCUGUGUGACUUCAGACAAGACGAGAAGGUGAUCCGUAAGGAAGAUGAAGGGAUUCUGAAGGACAACACUGAACGGACCACAUGGCAGGUGAGGGGACCUGGAGGAAUGGACAUGCAGGUGCCUUCGGUCUGUCUGCUGGUGCCGCCACCAAAUCCACUCGCCAUCAGCCUGGCACAAAAGAAUUCCCAGUAUUAUGACGCCAUUUUAUCAGUGUGGAAUCAGCUGUACAUCAACAUUAAGAGUAUGAUCUCAUGGCAGUACUGUCUGCUGGACAUCAACCGCAUCAAUUCCCUCACCAUCAACAUGCUGGCCAAAAUGGGUCCAGACGAGUCCAUGAAUAUCAUCAAAAGUUUGGAGAUGCACUUUCAGGAGUUCAAAAAGCAUGCUCAGGGUUCAGAGAUGUUCGGGGCAGAAGAUGAGAAGAUUAUAGAGAGUCAAUUCUCUGGAGCACAGCAACACUAUGGCAAACUGGCCGAUCAGCUGCCCGCAUUCACUGUGAGCGGAGAGGGAUCCGAGUAUUCUGCCGCAGUGAGUGUGAAACUGUUGAAUGAGCUCUAUGCUCUGAGAUUGAAGCUGGACGGGGCCGAAUCAUCCCUCAUUUCAAUCCUAUACAUCCCCAUAGGAGAGAACGCCCCUGAGGAGUGUUCUCGCCACAUCAUCAACACGCAGGUCUUUCAGAAAGACGUGGGGUCUCUGAAAGGAGAGUUUUUGAAGCUGCGAGGCUCCGUACAGGCUGAGCUGAAGGAUGCAACGAACACCGAUAAAGCCAAAUACCUGAGCAGUCAACUAGAUUUCAUUAAUCAGGGACUAAUUAACAUGGAGAACUACACUGAGACUCACCUGCAGAGGUUAAACUCACUGAAGUCCCUGCUGAAGACAGUACAUAGAGUGGAGGACGUGGUGAAAGUUUACGAAGCUCGACUCACUGAGAAAGAAACGACUUCUCUGGAUCCAGAAGAGAUUCGGAAAUACCAGGAUGUGCUCAGGACUAUGUGCAGCGACUUGGAGCAGAAACAGGAUGUGCUGAAUUCGCUGCUGGCUGAGUUAAGCACCCUUCUUCAGUUUAAUAAGCAGGUGGAUCAGGGCCGGUACAAGAGUAUUAUCAACCUCUCUCAGUAUGCUGAACAUGUGAACCAGCUGUCAGACCGCUGGAAACGCAUUCAGACACAGAUCAAGAGCAGGUUGGAUGAUCUGGAUGUUUACCUGCCUCAGCUGCAGCAAUACCUGAGCUCUAGUUCCAGUCUCAGCGGUUGGAUCGAAGAGACUCAACGGCAUAUUGAUGCGCAGCAUAUGACGAAGAUCGAUGACAUCAAGGUUAACACCCAACUUGUCAACCAACAGAAGGCAUUAAACUCUGAUAUAAAGGCAAAGAGAGAGCUGUUAGAGACUGUACAGACGGAUGGAGAAUCCUGCAUAAAAUCUAUCAAGAAUUAUGAGCUGGAGUUAGCAUCUUAUGGUGCUGGACUAGAAACAUUACUAAACAUCCCCAUCAAGAGACUUAUCCUGCAGUCACCAUCUUCUGCUAUUUCAGAAGAGGUCUCUUCUUUAAAUGCACACUACUUAGAAUUACUCACCCGUUCAAGUGAUUACUACAAACAUCUUGUGGCCUCAUUGAAGAACGUAGAAGAACUGAAUUUCAGUAAUACCAGGAUUGAAGUUCUCAAGGAGGACCUUCAGGAGCUGAGAGACACCAUCAAGGACAACAAUGUCACGAAUGCUUCAUUGCAAGAGGCUCUGUUAAAAUGCCAGCAGGAGCUGAGUGACUCGCAGCAACAACUGCUUUCUCUGGAGGAGGUCAAGAGGAGUCAAACAUUUAAGUGCAUGGUCAUGCAGGAGAGCCUAGACUCCUCAGAGAACCGUCUGCAAGAGCUUAUGGAGCAAAUACGCCACCUCAAAAACCAGUUGGAAGAUAUGGAGAGGAAGAAGAAGAUUGUGGAGGAGCGCUGUAUUUUUUUGCAGGAUGAAUACGAUGAGACCAUGCGCAAGAAGCUCAAGGAAAUGGAGCAGGCCAGCUGGGCCAAGUUGGAGUUGGAGAAGACGGUGUCCGAUCGGACCCGAGAGGUGGAACGUCUGCGCAGGGAGUUGGAGGAUGAGGCGCGGCGAGUGAAGGAGGCACAGGUGGAGAUGGCAAAGGUAAGGCAGGAGCACAGCAUUGAGAUACAAGAGGUGAAGCAGACCUAUGAGUCUCAAAUCCUCAUUACACAAACCAGCAUGGAGAGGCUUUCGCAGCAGCAGGAGAGUGAUUCGGCCACCAUGAAUCUGGAAUACGAAAGAUUGGAAGGAGAGUCUAGAGAGUUGAAAGAGCAACUGAAAAGGCUUCGUCUUUCCCUCAUCCAGGAGGAGGCACUGAGGAAGAACCUGGAAGGGGAGGUAAAGAGACUCAGCGGUGUUGGCACUGAGGAAGCCCAGAAGCGGUGUGAGCUGGAAGCUCAGCUCCAGUUGAUGCUUAGCCAGAAACAAGAAGCAGACAACAAAUGGAAGGAAGUGCAAGGAAGCUCCAAUCGGAUGCUGCAGGAGAAGAGCAUUGAGAUCAACCAUCUAACGUGCUGUCUUGAGGAGGAGCGACGCAUGAAAAGAGCUUCGGAGGCGGAGACAAGGCGACUGGAAGGCGAGUUGGCUGACCUCAAAGCCAAGAAUGAAACCUUAAACGAGGAGCUGAUGCAGCUUCAUUCCUCCCAUUGCGAAUUGAGCCUCAUCCGUGUUGAGUUGGAGGCCCAUGCCCUUGAGAAGAGCCGGUCUGAACAGACUAUAGCGCGGCAACAAAGCCUCAUUCAAGAGCGUCAAGAGGAGGUGAAGCGACUGGAAAGUGAGUUGGUGAAGCAGCGACGAGUGUCAGAAGAGGAGGCUGGAAAACGCAGAAGAGCAGAAAUGGAACUUGAAAAGUCUAGCCAGGCCAUGCGCGAGUACACGUCUACCAUCACCACACUGCGUAAGAGCCAGGAAGAGACCAGUCUUGAGACCAAACAGGUGGAUAAAGAAUUCAAGCAGCUGCAGGACACCCUGGACCGCACCUUGAAGGAGCACAAAGCGUCGUCUCAGAGUCUGGCCGCUUUGAAAGCUGAGGUGAAUACUCUGAGACUACAGUUGACGCAAGAGCAGGGUCACGUCCAAGACGCCAACAAGCGCUACGAGGCCCUUCAUCGUAGCAUGGAAGAGAAGACAAUUGCACUGAACACAAACACCGCUGAGACAGAGCGCCUGCAGAGGCUCAACGAAACGCUUACUAAAGAGCGCCUCCGGCUGGAGGAGGAGUUACGUGCUGUGCGUCUACAGCGCGAGGAGCUGCUUAACGGCAAAAAGAAUGAAGACCGGGAAAUGACAGAGCAAAUCACAGCUUUGCAAAAACAGCUUGACGUCAGUCAGCGUGCCGGUGCAGAGCAUGACCGGCUUAUACGGCAGCUCUCACGAGAGAGAGAAAAACUGCAAGAGGAGAUAGAAAAUGUGCAAAAGCAAGCCAGCGAGACUUCCUCUGUGAUCAAAAUUUCUCAAUCUCAGUGUACUGAACUGCAGCAAGAGCGCGAUGCCCUCAUCAAGAAAAUGAAAAUGAUGGAACAUGAUGCGAUGCGUAUGAAAAACCUGGAGGAGGAACUUGCCCGUAUCAAACGCUCCCUAGAGUCAGAACUGCGACUGAAAUCACAGCUAAAGGAAGAGAAGGACAGUAUCAACAAGGACUUUACCCAGUGGAAGAGAAAAUGUGACACUCACGAAGAGAAAAUACGCCAGCACAGCUUAGAGCGUUCUGCUCUGGAAAGCCAGUUUAACUCUGUCAAGAGUGAGGUGGAAAGGCUGAGGGCCCUACUAAGGGAGACUGAAGAACGCAACAGGCUGCAGUUGCAGACUUUGGAACAAGAGAGGACUGAGAUCCAGUUACUGAGAAGCUCACAGCAGAAGUCAGAUGGUGCUAACAAAUGCACCCAGACAGACCAACCUGACUCUUCCUCUCUGGUCUUCGAUGGUGUGCGCAAGAAAGUCACCGCGCAGCAGCUGCUGGACUGUGGCGUGAUUGACAAAGGGACAUUUGCACAGUUGAUAAUGGGUGAGCGGACUGUACAGGACGUGGCCGUCGAUAUCAGGCUCAAUCUUAAAGGCACAGGAGCGAUUGCAGGGCUUGCAGGUGGGCCUAAAGGUAAAAUGACAUUCGUAGAGGCCAAAAAACAAAAGUUGCUCUCAGAUGAGAGUGCAAACAUGUUGCUGGAGGCUCAAGCUGCCACGGGGUACAUGAUAGACCCCCGAGCUAAUGUGAAAAUGACAGUUGAGGAGGCUUGUCAAAAUGGACUUGUGGAUGAAACUGACAGGAAGCAGCUUUUGAUUGCAGAGUCCGCCUGCGUUGGGUUUCGGGAUCCCAAAACUGCAAAACUCCUGUCAGCUUGGCAAGCCAUGAGGAAGGGAAUUAUCAACCGAGACACAGCUCUGCGUCUACUGCAAGCACAAGAGGCGGCAGGAGGGAUCCUUGAUCCCAUCCUUAGCGUCUAUCUCUCGAAAGAUACUGCUAUGGCCCGUGACCUCAUCGAUGACGAUCUUUACCAAGCUCUAAACAUUAAACCAGAGUGCUACAUUGAUCCUGACACCGGUCUACGUGCCAACUAUGUUACCCUAAAAAAGCGAUGCAAGGCUGACCUCACCACCAGCUUGCUCAUGCUUCCAGCUCCAGAGAAACCCAUGACUGUGCAGGGACUCCGUACUGAAGUUAGUGUCUCAGACCUUGUGGAUGCAAAAUUGCUGGAACCCUCAGAUGUGGAAAGUCUGAGAGAGGGCAAGAUUACCAGCCAAGACAUCGAACACAGGCUUCGGGCUUAUCUAAGAGGAUCAACCUGCAUUGCUGGGGUCUAUGAUGAAGCCAAUGACUGCACUUUGCCCGUCUUUCAGGCUAUGAAGAAUGGACUUCUGCGACCAGGCACUACCUUGGAGCUUCUGGAGGCCCAGGCCGCCUCAGGUUUCAUGGUGGAUCCUAUAAACAAUGAGUACUGCACAGUAGAGGAGGCCUGCAAGAAAGGGCUCGCAGGUGUGGAAUUCAAAGACAAGCUUCUUUCCGCCGAGAGAGCCGUCACUGGGUACAAAGACCCUGGAACCAACAAGAUCAUCUCGCUUUUUGAAGCCAUUGAGCGUGGAAUCAUUGAGAAAGGUCACGGCAUUCGCCUGUUGGAGGCUCAGAUUGGAAGUGGUGGAAUUAUUGACCCUAAACACAGUCACAGAAUUGAUGUCGAUGUGGCAUAUCAGAGGGGCUACUUUGGUGAGGAGAUGAACCAGAUUCUGAAAGAUGAAGGAGAUGACACGAAGGGUUUCUUUGACCCCAACACGGAGGAUAAUCUAACAUACCUGCAGCUGAAGAGCCGCUGCAUCACGGAUAAGAAGACAGGACUGGUGCUGCUGCCUCUACACGAUACAAGAAAACGCCAGCUAAAGAACUCCUCAAGAAAGAGAAGGGUGUUGAUCGUUGAUCCAGAAAGUAAUAAAGAGAUGACGGUACGAGAAGCCUACGAGAAAAAACUCAUAGACUUCCAGACAUUCAUGGAAUUGUCUCAGCAAGAGUGCGAAUGGGAGGAAACAGUCAUCACUGCCCCGGAUGGCUCUACCAUAACAGCCAUAAUGGACAUGCAAACAGGCAUUCAGUAUGACUUGAAAGAACUGCUUAAUAAGGGUGUCAUUGACCAAGAGGUAUUUGACAAGUAUCGCUCAGGAGACAUCACAGUCACACAGCUUGCUGACAUGAUCAUUAACAAGGCGAAGACCCUCAACAAACCUCUGAGCUUCACUGCCUCUUCAUCGUCAUUCACAUCCCAAACGACACCGACAACCAAGACCAUCAAAAGUGAAAUCAUACAAUCUGUGCAAAGUGUUUCUACUCCACAAGAUCCAUCCUCAAUAAACAGUGCCAAGCAUAUCUCCAGCAUGUCAGUCAAACUGGCCCCAUUAUUAGAAACUAUAGAGGAGCAGAAUCCAGUUGGAGCAAUUUUUGACACUGUGAAGAUAGAGAAGAUCAGCGUGUGUGAAGCCCUGAAGCGAGGAAUACUCGAUUCUAUCACUGCACAACAAUUGCUCGAGGCACAAGCAUGCACCGGUGGGGUCGUCAAUCCUGAAAAUGGCCGCCGCAUGUCUAUUCAGGAAGCAACCCGUCUUGGCAUACUGAAUGACGAGAUGGCUAGCAGGCUAAAACUUGCCCAGAAGGCGUAUAUUGGCUUCGAAGAUGCGAAAACAAAGCGCAAGAUGUCCGCCGCCGAGGCAGUCAAAGAAAAAAUGCUUCCGUAUGAGGCUGGACAGCGCUUCCUUGUGUUCCAGUAUUUAACCGGUGGUUUGUUUGACCCAGAGCUUGGGUACAAACGUACGCUCGAGGAGGCCUUGCAGCUCGGAUGGCUUGACAUGAGAGGAGCUCAGAGGCUCCAAGAUACACGCAACCAUACCAAAAACCUAACCUGCCCCAAGACCAAGCUGAGAAUAUCCUACAAGGAGGCUCUGGAGGGUUGCAUGACCGAGGAGAACACAGGCGUCUGCAUGCUUCCUGCAGCCACAUUUUCAUCACGUGGAAUCAGCAGCCCCUACAACCUUUCCAAUUCAGGAUCUGCUUCAGGGUCUAAGAGCGGCUCUCUAAGUGGAUCCCGUAGGGGCAGUGUGGACUACACUUUGUCCCCUUCUACCAGAAACCGCAGCUUAAGCUUCAGCAAAAACUCCUUUAGCACAAGUUUGUUCUCCUAAACACCAUUUGUUUUAACUGUGCUUCCAUUUUAACACAUAUAUCCACCAAAUAGAAAUCUGUCUUUAUACGUAGUUAUGUGGAAUUGAUUAGUCCAGAAAGUGCCUUUUAUUAAUACCUGUUUACUAACUGUCUGGCUUAAGAAUUUUAUGAUACAGAUUUGAAAGUUGUUUACAACCCCAAUUCCAAAAACGUUUGGACAGUAUGUAAAAUUAUUUGUCAAUUAUAUUCACCCUUUGCUAUAUUGAAAGCACUACAACUACACAUUAUAUGAUGUAUUUUUUGUUUUUUAUGUACAGUCAUUUAAAAUCAGAUGAUCGCAACAUGCUCCAAAAAAGCAAUUUAAGACUAAUAACAAUUUGACGAUUUAAAAUAAGGCGAUGUGAAACUGGAGAUGUUAAACAGGUGAGGCACCCGUGUCAUCGUAUAUAAGGAGCCUCCAAAAACACCCUACUGUAGUCCUUCAAGAGCGAGGAUCGUUCAAGACUUGUCAGUUUACCAACAGAUGUUUCAGCAAAUAAUCCUGCACUUUGAGAACAAUGUUCCCCAAAGACAAAGUGGAAGGAUUGGGGGCAUUUCACCCUCUACGAUGCACAAUAUAGUUAAAAGCUUCAAGGAUUCUGGUCAAAUCUCGGUGCAUAUAGGCAAGGCGAAAACCCACUUCUGAAUGCGCGUGAUCUCUGAUCCCUCAGAUGUCACUGUCUUAAAAAACAUAAUUUUUUUAGUAAACAGCACUUGCCGCUGCAUCCACAGAUGCAAGUUAAGGCUUUACUAUGUAAAGGAGAAGCCGUACAUCAUCACUGUCCAGAAGCGCUGCCAACUUCUCUGGACUCGCUCUCAACUUUAGUAAACCUUUGUUAGUCAACAGCACUCGCCGCUGUAUCCACAGAUGCAAGUUAAGACUUUAUUAUGUAAAGGAGAAGCCGUACAUCAUCACUGUCCAGAAGCGCUGCUGACUUCUCUGGACUCGCUCUCAACUUAGACGGAUAGUAGAACAGUGGAACUGUGUUUUUUAAAUGAGUCCACAUUUUAAAUAGUUUUUGAAAACACAGCCGUCGUGUUAUCUUGGCCAAAGAGGAAAAAGACCAUCCAAUCUGGUAUCAGCGUCAGGUCCAAAAGCCAGUGUCUGUUUGAGCCAGGGCUGUGUCAUUGCCCAUGGCAUCGAUAAAUUGCACAACUGUGAUGGCACUAUUAGUGCAGACAGAUAUGUACAAAUUUUGGAGCGGCAUAUACUGCCAUCCAGCACCGUCUUUUCCAGGGACGUCCCAGCAUUUUCAGUAGGACAACUUCAAACCACAUACUGACCGAAUAAAUAGAGAGUGCGGGUGCUAGAUUGGCAUACUUGCAGUCCUGACCAUCUCCAAAUGAGAAUGUGUGGCGCAUUAUGAAGCGCACAAUACAGCAACGAAGACCCCGUACAAUUGCGCAGCGUCUGAGACGGUCAACCCGUGCAUCUUAUCACGUGCGUUGCCAUGGAAACAUAGCGCGUGUGUAGGCUUCACGCCACCAACGGCGGCAUCCAGGCUCACCACGCACCCACUGAGAAUUAACCACUUUUAGUGACCACGAGGAGGUCACCCCAUGUGACUCCACCCUCCCUAGCAACCGGGCCAAUUUGGUUGCUAAGGAGACCUGGCUGUAGUCACUCAGCACACCCUGGGAUUCGAACUAGCGAACUCCAGGUGUGGUAGCCAACAUUUUUACCACUGAGCUACCCAGGCCCCCAAAAUGCCACAAACUUGUGUCUUAAAUGGUGCUGUUUCAUAGUGGUAAACACUCGACUGUCAUAACUUUUUCAGUAUUGGGGUUGUAUCACAUGGCUAGAAUAUAAUUUUCUUGUUUUCACACCACUAAGAACGUUGAAUUGCUGUAGUUUUUCCCCAGUGCCUUCCCGUUAUUGCCUUUGUACUAGCCUGACUUACUCUGUGACAUUUACAUCUAUGCAGUUUCUGAUGUUUUUAUCUUAGUUUUAUUACUCAAAUAAAGACCAUUUAAAAUGUAUCACUUGGA